GCUUAGUGCAUCCACCCCAGUCGCUUCCUCCUCAUUACUUGCCAUGACCUCGUAUCUGAGUUCUCUCAUCUGGGGCACGACGCAGGUCGACGAUGCAGUCGACAAGGCGACCUCAGAGCUGCUGCCUUCUGGCUCCGAGGACAUCGCGCUCAACCUCGAGAUUAGCGAUCAGAUUCGGUCAAAGUCCGUCCAGCCAAAGGAUGCCAUGCGCGCCCUCAAAAGGCGGUUGAACCACAAGAAUCCCAACGUACAGCUGCUCGCUCUCGGUUUGACCGACACCUGCAUAAAGAACGGCGGCGAUGCAUUCUUGGUUGAGAUUGCGUCGAGGGAGUUCAUGGAUAAUCUGGUUUCUCUGCUGAGAAUGCCAGGACUGAAUUUCGAUGUCAAGAACAAGAUCCUGAGGUUCCUUCAGAACUGGGCUUUGACGUUCGAGGGGAAGCCUAGUCUCGGGUAUGUUGGUGAGGUCUACAAAAUGCUGCAGCGUGAAGGCUUCACAUUCCCUCCUCGCGAUCCUGCUGCUACAAGCUCUGCAAUGGUGGACACCCAAACUGCACCUGAAUGGAUAGACUCGGAUGUGUGUUUGCGGUGUCGGACACCAUUCACAUUCACGAAUCGCAAGCAUCAUUGCCGGAACUGUGGCCAAGUCUUCGAUCAACAGUGUUCGUCAAAGACGCUCCCUUUGCCGCACUUUGGAAUUACGCAGGAGGUUCGGGUGUGUGAUAGCUGCUACACAAAGCUGAACAAGAAGGCGAUCAAACCUCACCGUUCUUCGCAGAGCGUGUCCAGCGCACGUCACCGAUCUGCUCGCGACUUUGCAGAUGCAGAGCUGCAACGCGCAAUACAACUGUCUCUCGAAGAAGUCGGAGCUGCAGGUGGUCGCAAGCCGGGCUACGUACCCUCUCCAUCACCAUGGCAGAUCUCCGAGCCCCCAUUGGUUGAUCGCAAAACGCAUCCCUACGCAGCAUCCUCCGCUUCACAGCACGAAGAAGAGGAUGAUCCAGAUCUCAAGGCUGCCAUCGAGGCCAGCUUACGCGAAGCGAACAUGCCAAGGCCCAGUGCUCCGAUUGGAAUUGAGACCCCAUCGGCAGAGUCAUCAGUAUCCUAUGCGCCGAGUUAUGGUUACCCACAAUCCUACCCGCCUUCAGUUGCUACACCGAAGCCGAGGGCGCCUAGUAUCCCCAACUUUGACCUUGAGCCUUUGGAGACCGAUGCUAUCUUGACAUUCAAUCAGACGGUGGAACAAAUGCAGACACAGGGAAUUACAGAUCUGACACGAUACCCUGCAGUGACGGAGCUGUAUGAUAAGGCGAAUGCAUUGAGACCGAAGCUGGCUAUGAGCCUGAACGAUACUGAUCGGAAAGAACAACUCUUGAAGGAGAUGCACGAGAAGCUGUCCCAGGCUGUCAAACUCUACGAUAACUUGUUGACGGAACAGGUCUCGCGGCCAGCAUGGCGAGCCGCGUCUACCGCUCCAUCCGUCAGCUACCAGCAGCCGAACUCUGGGUAUGCACCGCAAUAUAUGACAGCGGAAGGCGGAUACAGCCAAUGGGUGGCAGAAGCACCCAGCCAGCCGCAGAUGUCCCCCCAGAUGCAGACAGGUCCUUACCGAUCCGAUCCAUCGUAUUUCGCUCCUGCCGCGCCGGAACAGCAGAUGGUGGCCACAAUCAGCGCGCCGGUGACAUCGCCUCAGGCAGAGACAUACCCUGGACAGCCGUAUCAAUCCCGACCCCCUCUGGCAUCUCCUCAGCAAUUACACGUCCUGCCGCCCCACGAGCUGGUUGGACAACCUAGUGCCGCUCCAGUGCCUGUGUCAAUACCGCAAUACGGUGUCCCUACACCAGCCUCUCCGAGCGCCGUCCCGUACUCACCGCCCGUCCCGCCUCAGUCUGUGCCGAUCUCCAUCCCCCAGCCGCAACAGCCUGCUCCCGCCGUCAUUCCCUCACAACCACCGCCCCCUCAAGCUCCGCUCUUCAGGUCGAACACGGUGGCCUCGCAUGCCACUUCAUCGCAAGCGCCGCCGGCAAAUCAGUACCUGGCGCGACACAACACCAUGUCGCACGCACCACAGCAAUUACAGCAACUUCAGCAGCUCUCGGCGCCUCCGCCGCUGCCCAACUUCCCCAUUGUGCCCACGGCGGCCCCACAGGUGUACGAUGCGUACGGUGCGCCGGUGGAGGCGGAGCGGAAGGAAGCGCUCUUGAUCGAAUUGUGAGACUUUCUACUUUAGACGUCACAGGUUCCGUGUAUGUCGUAUUCUUGCGUGAUGUAUGUUGUGACAUGUAUGCUCUAGCGGAGACUCGGACGCAUGCAAGUGAGUCUGUGUUUAUGUUCUCCAGGCUUGAGCUUGGAGUCCCUUAGGGAGCCAUGAAAGUUGAGGAACGCAGCAAGAUAAUCGAUCUGAAUUUUUCAGGCCAGCUAUACGACGUCAUUAACAUUCGGGAUCAUACAAGGGAGGUUCGCUAUUUUAUCACACACGCCAACCGUUGCCAUCAUUAUCGGAAGC